AUGGCAUUGGAAAACGCGAUCACGAAACAGAGUAUCCCUCUCCUCACGCCUUACAAGAUGGGAAGAUUCAAUCUUUCCCACAGGGUUGUUCUAGCACCAUUGACGAGACAAAGAUCAUACGGAAACGUUCCUCAGCCUCACGCUGUCUUAUACUACUCACAGAGAACGACUCCAGGAGGUUUUCUCAUCUCUGAAGCCACCGGAGUUUCAGAUACAGCUCAAGGAUAUCAAGAUACUCCUGGGAUAUGGACUAAAGAGCAUGUGGAGGCAUGGAAGCCGAUCGUAGAUGCUGUUCAUGCCAAAGGUGGCAUCUUCUUCUGCCAAAUCUGGCAUGUAGGCCGCGUUUCUAAUCGAGGUUUUCAGCCAAAUGGGCAAGCUCCAAUCUCUAGUACAGACAAGCCAUUGAAGCCUCAAAUCCGUGCUAACGGCAUCGACGAAGCUCUGUUUUCACCUCCAAGACGGCUACGCACCGAAGAGAUCCCCGGCAUUGUCAACGACUUUAGGCUUGCAGCAAGAAACGCUAUGGAAGCUGGCUUUGAUGGAGUCGAGAUCCAUGGCGCUCACGGCUAUCUGAUCGACCAGUUCAUGAAGGACACGGUGAACGACAGAACAGACGAGUACGGUGGAUCAUUACAGAACCGUUGCAAAUUCGCUCUGGACAUAGUCGAAGCCGUGGCCAACGAGAUCGGUCCGGACCGUGUUGGAAUCAGGCUCUCUCCGUUCGCAGACUACAUGGAGUCCGGAGACACGAACCCGCAAGCAUUAGCGUUACACAUGGCGGAAUCACUGAACAAACACGGGAUCCUCUACUGCCACGUGGUCGAAGCAAGGAUGAAGACGCUUGGAGAGAUAUCAGCGUGUCCUCACACGCUUAUGCCGAUGAGGAGAGCCUUUCAGGGGACUUUCAUCUCCGCGGGAGGCUUCACGAGGGAAGACGGGAACGAUGCCGUGGCAAAGGGACGGACCGAUCUCGUGGCUUACGGUCGGUGGUUUCUGGCGAACCCUGAUCUUCCCAAGAGGUUCGCAGUGGAUGCGCCGCUGAAUAAAUACGACAGGCCAACGUUCUACACUUCUGAUCCUGUCGUGGGUUACACGGAUUACCCUUUCCUCGAAUCAACAACAGCUUGA